AUGAGAACUACAAUUCGAUACACUCGCCCUGAACUUCUCUCACUUGCACCGAGACCAGAAGAAUUCACCUUGAGCGAGGAGGUACUACAGAAAUUCAGCAUAAUCGAAACGGAGUGCCCCGUGCAGUCCUCUUCGCCGGAUGGAACCCGCCACGACGCCACCGGUCAAAAGUCAUCCGACUCGAAAAAUGGAGCGCUUGGGCCAGCAUCGAAGCGGGCAACAAACAGCGAACGCUUUGCUCCCCCAUCCCGUUCUUGGAGGGGAAGCAGGGAUCAGGAAGCAUUCGAAGAGGGGUACAAGUAUGAGUUGGAGCGGAAUGCCAUUAAGAAGCAGGCACUGCAGGAAACCAUGGAGAGGGAGAAGCAAAGGAGUGACGCUGCAGCCUCUUCAAAGGAUGAGGGCAAAAACGACACCAACAAAUGGGGUCCCUCUUCCCCCUCCAGAACUGAAGUAAAGGCAGAGGUUGACGAUGAGAUAGAACGGUUGAUGGUUAGCAUAGCACCAAGUGGUGAGGGGGGGAAGAAAGUAGCCAAGUCACGCUUCUUCUCUGGGGCAAACUCUGGUUUCCAGGAUACAAACCCUACCUCUGCUCCUCUGGUGCAGGCAAUAUCAGAACCCCUGACAAGUGCCUCUUUGAAUCAGGUCAAAGACCCGUGGGCCUUGCCGUCCAUGGUCCCAGCGAGCGGUAACGUUGUGUGGAACAAUGUGGAAGCUUCGAAGCCCACCGGCGUUGAUGCGGCGCUUGAACGUAAGAAUCCUUCCGCCAAUGUAGGUAUGAAUUCACUUUUGACCGGUAGUCUGUCCUUAGGUGUUCCGUCGACAGCACCGACCCAGCAUGCGGGCGCGGUGCCAACACAGCCAUCGAUGCAACCAGCAGUUUUGCACUCGGUACCCGCAGCGCCUUCGGUGGAAGCGGGUGCUGCUACGAGUGCCCGUGCGCCAGCUACACAACCCACCGAGACAUCGGCGUCAAACCAACCCCGCACGUGGAACGCUCACGAUUUGGAGCAGAGACUCAUUAGCGAGCAGAAGGUGAGCAGGCAACCGGAGGUGGAAAGUAAACCUAUUGAGGCAACAGCCCUGGAGCAGCAGUUACUCAUGCAGGUGAAGCAAAGUUUGGGUCGCCCACAGACUCAGCCGCAGGCAGCGGUCAUGUCUCAAAUGCCAGGAAGUGCUGUACCCGUCACAGGGGCCCCACCGUUACUUUCGGUUUCCGGCCAUAUGACGCCGCCACAAAUGUCGACAACCCAACUACCUGCACAUGUCCCACAGCAACAACGGCCGCAGCAACAGCCUGUCCAAAUGCCGUGGGGGGUUCCCGUUCAGAAGGUUGCACCACAACAAAUGCAAAAACUGGUGCAAGCUCCACCGCAGCCGCAGCACCGUCAAACUGGCGUCCCUCAACCCGUUCCAAUAAUUGUGAGUGGCGCUCAAGGAGCACCGUAUUACGCGCAGCCGGCCAUGCCCGGCCAUUAUGUUGCAGGUUUUGUGCCUAGUCAGGCUCAGCAACCGAUGAUGUUUUACCGCCCCGCGGAUGGUACGGCACCAUACACUGUGGGUGCCACAGGUUUUCCUCCCGGCACACAAGUGCUUUUCGCACAACAGCAGCAGGCGAAGCAGCCCAACCAGCGCCGCUAG